UACAGUACGGUACAGCAUACUAAGGGGUGUAUACAUCCACGAUGUGUUUCGCGAGAAAGGGGUAACUGUUCGUUUCUAGGCAGUUGUUCUGGGGCACUUCUGUAUAUUUAACACUAUUUUGGGGGGUAUGAAGAAGAAGAAUGACAGAGGUCUUCCAACAGAGCGGUUGUAAACAUGAACGGUGCCCUGUACAUUUCGUUUUUCCAAGGUCAGCUGGAGUCCGCACUGGAGCAGGUAGUGCAGCUCGCCGUUCAGGAAAUCACCAAGACUGUUGGGGCCACUUUGAAUUCAAUGCUAUUGGAAACAGCCACCAAAGAGCAGGAAAAUCAGCGUUUAAGGGCAACUCUUCAGUCUCGACAGCAAGAAUACGGAGGGAACGGGAAAAGCAAUGCGUCUAAAAGAAAAACAGACGCGAACGAUGAAACAAAGCAACACACCCCCAGUCAGAGCCCUGACUGUGGCGUUCAGUCUGAAACGCUCAGACGUGAACAGAAAGGGCGAGCAGUCGGUCAGUUAAAAUCUGUUAUGGAACACGUGCUGGAAUUCGCCGUUUGCGAGCUGACCAAAAUUGUGGAAGACAGCUUUGAUGACCUGCUCUUGGAGUUCACCAAGAAGGAGGGGGAAAACCAGAUACUGAAAGAGCAGCUACAGGAAAAGAAGAUUGUGGAAACCAAUGACGUGGUUGCUGUGGUACCAGAAGACUGCGAAAACGACUCUGCCUCUCCUAGCAGUUCCAAAGUAGAAAAGCAAGAGUCGAAAGGCCUGCAGGACCAAUCACCCAAAAAAGGGUGGGAAAAGGAACAAACUGAAUCCACCAAUGAACCAGACAAGCAGACUGUCAUUGCAGUGUCUCAAGACUGGGUGCCCAUCCUGGACAAAGUAUUUGGGCAGAAGUGGUGCAAUGACUUCUGGCAAAUCAAAGAGGUCACCACCAGUAAGGAGGAGCGCAACGAGCUGAACUCUGCCUCAGUGACUGACAUGGACAGCCUAAUUCGAGAGACGCUCAUGCCGUCUUGCCUGGCCAGUCAAAGGAAACUGGAGCUUGAGGUGGGGCAGCCGCCCUGGUUGCAGGUAGACGAUAUGGAGGUUGUUUCUCUAUCCUCGGACACACAAGGCGUUCCAGUCGUCAGCUCCACAGGCGACAACUCUCAAAUCAGAUCCCCGUCUAUGUUGCAAAGACUCCUGACCCUUCCAUCCCAGCUGCUCGAGGAUGACGAUGAGUCCAUGGAUGCCGUUCCCACUCUGGAAGUGUUCAUGGACAAAGCUGAUUCACAAGUCUGCAAUGAUUCAAAGAGUAACCAGGCAAAUAAGAAAAAGGAAGAGGAGGUUGAAGUCGAGGAGGAUGACGAAGGUGACGACGAGAUGAUGAGCAGGUGUGAGUCCUCGAAACCCAAAGGUAGGAGGAAAUCCCAUGCUUGCAAAGAGUGCGGCAGAAAGUUCAGCCGAGCUCAUCUACUCAGAGCUCACCGGCAAACGCACGAGGAGACGCCCAACCGAUGCCCGCAAUGUGGAAAGAGUUUCUCCCAGUCUUCAAGGCUCCAGGCUCACUUACGGACGCACACGGACAAAACAAUAUGAGAGCGUGUAGAUGAAGCAAAUUCAGGAGAAAUUUAGCAAAUGAAAAGGGAUGUUUUUCUAAUAUUUGUUGCUUUUCAGAGUGAGUCAGACUUUCAAAUUCAUUUCAAAUAGGGAUGCUCCGAUCAGGAUUUUCGCAUUGGCCGAUAUCGAUCCCGAUCAUUUAAGCUUUAAAGAAGUGAUAUGUAGUUGACUGUCAUUGUUAACUUUUUUUUCUGAUGAAAUAAUACCACAGAUGCUGCCUUGGUUAUAUUAUUCACAGUAAUGUUGUACAACCCCAAUUCCAGAAAAGUUGGGACAUUUUGUAAAAUGUAAUAAAAUCAAGAAUUUGUGA